GCAGAAGCAGAAGAAUCUCAUGGCUGGCUUCAAGCCCAACGUCUACCUCCACGUGCCGAUCGUGGUGGCCUACUUUGCGCUGAUCGGCGUCGUCGUGCACCUCCUCGACAGCGCGUACCUCCCGCUGCUCAUCGCGUCCGUCCUCGGCGUCGCUGUCGCCAUCCAUGUGACCAAGGGCUUUUUCCGCGUCUUUGGCGCCUGGCUCUCGCGCAACUACCUCCACCACCUCGGCGAUCCGCUCCGCAAGCCGAUCGCGAUGAAGAAGUUCUGCGACCAAGGCUGGUUCCUCGUGCUCCACACGGUGCUGACGCUCGCCGAGCUCGUCGUCAUGGCCGACGAGACGUGGUGGCAGGACACGAGCAGCUGCUGGGACUAUACGUCGGCGACCGGCGCCUUUCCCUCAUAUAGCAGCGCCGUGCACACGCUCUAUGUCUUCCAGCUGGGCAUGUACAUCUACGUGGGUUUUUCGUGCGAAUUUCUCGAAGAGAAGCGCAAGGACCACCUCGUCAUGAUGGGCCACCACGUCGUGACCAUCUCGCUCAUCAUCUGGAGUUACGCAGUCGGGUACCUCCCCAUUGGCGUCAUCGUCAUGUUCCUGCACGACAUUUCCGACAUUCCGCUCGACUUUUUGAAGAUGGUCAACUACCUCAAGCUCGAGAACCGCGAAGGCUGGUUCGUCACCGAGUUUAUGUUUGCGUUCACGCUCGUCCAGUGGGUCUACUUCCGCGUGUACCUCUUCCCGACCAAGCUCAUGUACUCGACGCUCUUUGAGAUGCGCGCGUCGUGCAUGGACCCGAUCGCAGCGCUCGACUUUUCGAUUUUGUUUCCGACGCCCGGCCCGACGCACUGGCUCUGGUUCAACACGCUCUUCGCCGCCUUGUACUCGCUGCACAUUUGGUGGACGUUCCUCCUCAUGCGGCUUCUCUACGGCGUGCUCACGGUCGGCCCCAACAACGCCAGCAAGGACGAGUACGAAGGCCACUCGUCCGACUCGGACGCGCCCAAGACCAAGCAUGACUAGAUCUGCUCGCUGUCGUUAAAACCUGUAAACUUGCACUUUCCCAUCCAC